AUGACCGACAAGCUCCCCCCUCCACUCCUCGCCCUCUUCCAACCGCGUCCGCCCCUACGCUGGGUAACACCCAUAGAUCGCGCGCCGGAAGACGUCAAGAAGAGUAAAAUCACCGGUGUCGCGCAGUACCUCGAGGAAGCCAAGAAGAACGCCGAGGAGACGGAGUAUAACCCGACGGAAACGUGGUUGCAGCGCAAAUGGCGGCAGAAGCUGGAGAAGAAGGAGAAGUUGAAUAGGCAUUUGACCGAGGGCCUUGCUGCGUAUGAUCCCAACAAUGACCCGCAGGUCCGAGGCGAUCCAUUCAAGACGCUGUUUGUUUCUCGUCUUAGUUAUGAAGUCACCGAGAGUGAUCUAGAGCGAGAGUUCGGACGAUUCGGUCCCAUUGAAAGGAUUCGCAUCGUCAAAGACACAAUUACCCCCAAGGGCGCGAAGAAGCCACAUCGAGGCUACGCUUUCAUCGUUUACGAGCGCGAGAAAGACAUGAAAGCCGCCUACAAGGAAACAGACAAUAUUCGAAUCAGAGAUCGGCGAGUCCUGGUGGACGUUGAGCGUGGUCGAACUGUCAAGGGGUGGAAACCUCGUCGGUUUGGCGGAGGUCUCGGAGGCCGAGGUUACACAAAGGCGCUACCUUCACGACCUAUUGGUGGUGGAGGCUUCGGCCCUCCUUCCGGUCCUGGAGGAUAUGGUGGUGGGUUCCGCGGUGGCUUCGGUGGCAGAGGAGGAUUUAAGGGCGGUUUCCGCGGUGAUCGUGGAUUCGGAGGACCCCGUGGCGGGAUUGGCUACCAAGGAGGCCGCAGCGGCUUCGGUGGACAAGCGCCGCCAAAUGCCCCUUCAGGCCCGGGAGGUGGCCGCAACGCUGGUUUCGGAGGUGGCAGACCUGACCGUGAUCCACGAGGAGGUACAGGCAGCAACCGUGAACCCGUCCGGCCUAGGGACAGUUAUGGCGAUCGUGAUAGGAGAGACCGUGAUCGCGAGGGCGACCGCCGCGGAGACCGUGGCGGAGACCGUGACAGAGACAGCUAUCGCCACCGUGACCGUGACCGAGAGCGUGACAGGUAUGGCGGACGAGAGGACCAGGGACGGAAGAGAUACCAUGAAGACGACGCAUACGAUGACCCGCGUGCCAAGCGACGAUACUAA